AUGAGAUAUUUGAAGCAUGUCUCUAGAAGAUUCAAGAACGGUUUCCAAACUGGUUCUGCCAAGUCUUCCGCUUAA